GGGCCUGGGGCUGGGCGCGAGGUGCCCCCCGGCCGCCGCCCAGCAGCCCGCCGCUCUCCAUCAUGGGCCUCAUGCCGCUCACCAAGGAGGUGGCCAAGGGCAGCAUCGGGCGCGGCGUGCUCCCCGCCGUGGAACUGGCCAUCGAGCAGAUCCGCAACGAGUCGCUCCUGCGCCCCUACUUCCUCGACCUGCGGCUCUACGACACCGAGUGUGAUAAUGCAAAAGGGUUGAAAGCCUUCUACGAUGCAAUAAAAUACGGACCGAACCACUUGAUGGUGUUUGGAGGAGUCUGUCCAUCCGUUACAUCCAUCAUUGCGGAGUCCCUCCAAGGCUGGAAUCUGGUGCAGGCCUGUGCUGGCACGGCCCGCGUGGUGGGUCUCUAUGAGGUAGCCCCAACACCUCCGCUGCAUGUUCGGAGUCCUUCAGUGACGGCCUAG